AUGGAUCAAUUAAAUACAAAUUUAACACAAUAUCCAUCAUCAAUAACAUGUGAAAUAUCAUCAGAUGGUUAUUAUUUUAUACCAUGUAGUUAUUUAUUAAAUACACAAGGACAGCAAACAAUUAAUUUAUCAUCAACAAAACCAAUUGAUAUUGUUAAACAACUACGUAUACAUUUUUAUAAACCAAGUGAUCAUGAUACUAUUGGUUUACAACAAAUUUCAAUACAUGGUUAUCAUGCAUAUGAUCAACAAAUGAUUAUUGAACAAAUAAGUCAUCCAUAUCAAACAUUAAUAUCAACAGUUUAG